UCCCUUUUUUAUUUUUAGCUGUUAGUCACAAAAAAGGGUUGGACGUUUAUUUUGAAAGGGACCGGAAGUGUUGGAUAUGAAUGGAUGCGUGCAGCUUGCUGACGGUGCAGCUGUUUCUUUUUGCGGAAAACACCCAGGACAGAAGAAGCUUCAGUGUAAACGCAUACCCGACACUUCUCCAUGAGCCUUUCUCUCCUCCACAUCACAUCCAGACUGAGGUGUAACAUCUGGAGCUGAGGAGGCCACAUCUGGCUCUACAGGGAAUACAACAUCAGCAUCCUGAAGGAGAAGAAGAGCACAUCUGUCUGUGCCAUGUGAGGACUGGACUAUGGAAGGCCAAAAUGCAAAAAGCUGUCCAAUCCAGAGGACUGAUGGAGACAGACGGAGUCAUAAAAACAUCACCUUCUUUGAUUCGACGUUAGUGAACUCAACAACUCUGACGUGGUGCACGUCUGUGGAGUACAGAGGUGGGGAGGAGCCGGUGAGACAGGCCCGUUUGUAAAUGAGGAAACAACAAGAGGUGUAUGUUCUUUGGAUCACGUUGCUGUAAAAGAGUAGGCGUGCUCGAUCUGUAUGCAUGUGACACAGGACUGACUGAGUCGAAUGACAAAGCAUUGGAUUGGAGUGACAGCGGAUGCAGCUAUGUAAGAAGACAUCCGUCUCAGUGUUUACGGGUCCUGACAAUCAACACUACUACUGUGAUUUCAUGCCACACAUGUGGGCUCUCAUGGGGGAAAGGUGAUGAUGUGUACCUGAGAGUUAUCUCAGCGUCUGGUCUACUCCUCGAGGACGACGACAAACAGCUUUCCAUUUUUUAAUUGAAAGGAGAGAAGGCCAGAAGUGGAAGCUUCAACAUGCCUCGGAACCGAGCCUUCUCUGAGCCAGAGUACUCUGCGGAGUAUUCGGCGGACUGCUCAGUGACUCUGCCCUCUGACCCCGGGCAGGCGGUCGGGCGAACACACGAGGUCACGGUCCGGAGCUCAGGAUGCUGCCUCUGCCUGCCGCGCUUCAUGCGCCUCACCUUUGCACCCGAGUCUCUGGAAAACCUCUAUCAGACCUACUUCAGACGGCAGAGACACGAAACCCUGUUGGUGCUCGUCGUGUUUGCCGCCCUCUUCGACAGCUACAUCAUCGUCAUGUGCGCGGUGGUCUACACCACCGACAAGCUGGCUUCUGUUCUGGUGGCGUCGGUGGGACUAGCAGCAGACAUUAUCCUCUACCUGCUGUGCCGCUUCGGGCUGAUGCCGGACCGCAUCUCGAGACGGGUGGUGCCCUACGCCCUGUGGGUGCUCAUAGCGGCUCAGAUAUUCUGCUACCUGGGUCUGAACUACGCCCGCUUCCACCAGGCCAGCGACACGGUGGGCUGGCAGGCUUUCUUCAGCUUCUCCUUUUUCCUGACUCUUCCUUUGAGGCUGACGCCCAUCGUGCUCAUCACUACUAUAUCCUGCGGGGUCCACACCCUGGUUCUGGGCGUCACCAUCGCCCAGCAGCAGCAGGAACACAUCCAGGGGGCGGCGCUUAGCAGACAGCUGCUGGCCAACAUAGUGGUCUACGUUUGUGCCAUCACCGUGGGCAUCAUGUCGUACUACAUGGCCGACAGGAAGCAUCGGAAGGCCUUCCUGGAGGCCAGACAGUCGCUGGAGGUCAAACUCAACCUGGAGGAGCAGAGCCAGCAACAGGAACGCCUGCUACUCUCCAUCCUUCCAAAGCACAUAGCUGAUGAGAUGCUUCAGGACAUGAAGAAGGAGCCCAGUCAGAAAGAGAUGCAACAGUUCAACACCAUGUACAUGUAUAGACAUGAAAACGUCAGUAUUUUGUUUGCAGACAUCGUGGGCUUCACACAGCUGUCGUCGUCCUGCAGCGCUCAGGAGCUGGUCAAACUGCUCAAUGAGCUCUUUGCUCGCUUCGACAAACUGGCUGCAAAAUAUCACCAGCUGAGGAUCAAGAUCCUGGGAGACUGCUACUACUGUAUCUGUGGGCUGCCAGACUACAGGGAGGACCACGCUGCCUGCUCCAUCAUGAUGGGUCUGGCCAUGGUGGAGGCCAUCUCGUACGUCCGAGAGAAAACCCAGACGGAUGUCGACAUGCGUGUCGGAGUGCACAGCGGUACAGUCCUGGGGGGAGUGCUGGGACAGAAACGCUGGCAGUACGACGUCUGGUCCACAGACGUCACUGUGGCCAACAAGAUGGAGGCUGGAGGUAUACCAGGUCGCGUCCACAUCUCCCAGAGCACCAUGGAAUGUCUUCACGGCGAGUUUGACGUGGAGCCCGGGAACGGAGGUGACCGCUGCGACUACCUGAGGGAGAGAGGCAUCGACACCUUCCUAGUGGUUGUUCCUAAAGGACCGGUGGGGAAGAACGGCAUCAACGGUGUAAAGCUGUCUGUCACGUCUUCCAAUGGAAACUCCCCGCUGUUGAUCAACACCACGGAGUGUAACGGCAGCGUUAACACGGCCUGCACCACACCGGAGGAACCGGAAGAACUGGAUACGAGGGUGGUGAAUCCGUCUUUCCCUAACCCUCGGAGAAGGCUGCGGCUGCGGGACCUGGCUGAAAGGGUGAUCGACGCUCAGGAGAACGAACAGGAGCUCAACAAACUGCUCAACGAGGCUCUGCUGGAGAGAGAGACGGUCCAGGCUCUGAAGGGGAAACACACCAACUGGCUCUCCCUGAGGUUUGUGGAUCCGGACCUGGAGACUCGCUACUCCGUGGAGAAGGAGAAGCAGAGCGGCGCCGCCUUCUGCUGCUCCUGUGUGGUCCUGCUCUUCACUGCAGCGAUGGAGGCUCUCAUAGACCCCUGGCUGAUUGCAAACUACAUCACCUUCGCAGUGGGAGAAGUCCUGCUGCUCAUCCUGACAAUCUGUUCUCUGGCUGCCAUCUUCCCUAGAGACUUUCCUAAGAAGCUGGUGUCUUUCUCCACCUGGAUCGACCACACCCGCUGGGCUCGUAACACCUGGGCCAUGGCAGCCAUCUUCAUCCUCACCAUGGCUGACAUCAUGGACAUGCUGAGUUGUCAGCCUCGAGACACAGACUCAGGCAGCACCACAGUGGCUCCCUCCUCUUCCUCCUCUUCCUCCUCCUCCUCCCCGUCCGGCCCUGACGAGUGCCUGGACAACCCCAAAUAUUACAGCUACAUCGCUGUGUUGGCACUGAUGGCCACCACCAUGCUGGUUCAGGUCAGUCACAUGGUCAAGCUCACACUGAUGCUGCUCAUCACAGUGGCCACCGGCAUUGUUAACAUCUACAGCUGGAGGGACAUCUUCGACCGCUAUGACACGGCCCGCUUCAAGGACUACAGCUCGUUCCUGGUUCCCUCCAAGUUCACUAUGACAGUUAUGAUCUUCAUCAUGAUGGUCAGCUUCUAUUAUUUCUCCAGACAUGUGGAGAAGCUGGCCCGCACCCUGUUCCUGUGGAAGAUCGAGGUCCACGAGCAGAAGGAGAAAGUGUACGAGAUGAGGCGCUGGAACGAAGCGCUGGUGACCAACAUGCUGCCAGAACAUGUUGCUCGACAUUUCCUGGGAUCCAAGAAAAGGGACGAGGAGUUGUACAGCCAGUCCUACGAUGAGAUUGGAGUCAUGUUUGCCUCGAUCCCCAACUUCUCUGACUUCUACACAGAGGAGAGCAUCAAUAACGGAGGGAUCGAAUGCUUACGCUUCCUCAAUGAGAUCAUCUCCGACUUUGACAGUCUGCUGGAUGAGACUCAGUUCCGCUGCAUCACAAAAAUCAAGACCAUCGGCAGCACCUACAUGGCAGCUUCAGGUGUCACUCCGGACGUCAGCAACGGCUACACCUGCAUGAAGGAGGAGCAGUCCGACAGAGAGCGCUGGCAGCACCUGGCAGACCUGGCAGACUUUGCUCUGGCCAUGAAGGUCACACUCAUGAACAUCAACUACCAGUCGUUCAACAACUUCAUGCUACGCAUCGGUCUGAAUAAGGGUGGCGUGUUAGCAGGAGUGAUCGGUGCCCGAAAACCACACUACGACAUCUGGGGCAACACUGUGAACGUGGCCAGUCGCAUGGAGUCCACGGGGGUGAUGGGAAACAUCCAGGUGGUGGAGGACUGCUACAACAUCCUGAAGGAGUACGGCUUCCGCUUUGUGAGGAGGGGGCCCAUCUUUGUGAAGGGGAAAGGGGAACUGCUCACUUAUUUUCUGAAGGGAAGAGACAAACAAGGCUCAUUUAUCAACGGCUCCUCUGUCACUUUGCCACACCAGGUGGUGGACAGCUAAAGGCCACGCACACACACACAAACACACACGCACGCACACACACACUCCCCAGCAAUCACAUGUAGGGUGUGAUGAUUGCAGAGCGAGGCAGAGGAGAGGUCAUUUGCCUAAAAACACUCGGAUACCUGGACUUAACUGAAUGUUCAACACUUCAUACACACUUCAUACACACCUGUGACGAUACACCACUCAUUACUGAACACACACAUGUUCACUGUCUGUGGAAAGAUAUACAGUAUGUGCCAGUAGAGAUUGUGUUAGAAAUUUGAAUGUCAUGCUCAAGUUGAACCACGGAACUCAAAGUAUAAAUAAUUGGAUAAAUGAAUGACUCAACAGAAACAGCAGCAGACAUCUAGAUACAGACACUAUAUAUACGAUUAGAACAUACAAAUAACAACAAUGAGACUACAUGAAGUCUAGACGGGAUAUAGGCUGACAGCUCAUCAUGCCACCCUUGUAGACGGAUGGCCACAUGUUUCAUUAAUGGCAGCUGUUCAGUUCGUAAAAACUUGAAAAUCUAAAAGAAAUGCACUUUCUUGCGAUGUUAAGAAAUCCCGUAUUUCUUUGCUCCCGUCCUAAUGUGAGGAGGUGACUGAAGGAUGGAGUAAGCUGGAGGUCUGUAGGAUGUUUUCUUUCACAUCUUCCUGUGAUAUGAAACGACUUCUCCAACGUUCUCCACCACGCUGAUAAUCACACGCAGAUAAAAGAAGAUAAAUCUGUUUCAGCAGCAGCUACGUAUCAAUUACAGAAACAUCCUAUCUGAACUGUUUGGUAACCAUGGUAAUUAGGGUUAGGACCUGAUUACAGAGGAACAGUUCUCUAAGUGAGUGUUCCUGUCCUAACUUAAGAAGUGUCUGUAAUCUGGCCCCGGUGGUCUGCACCUUAACCAUUCAGCUAAACUCAACUUCAGUCCCGUUUCAUCCGACUGCAGAGCAGAUUGAAUUUUUGCAGUUUUUAACCCUUUCAGCAUUAGGGUGACUAAUUCAACCUGAUGUUGUUUAAUAUAAAUACAAUGAAGGACUUUAUCUCUUUCCAUAAACAUCUCUCAGAUAGAAACACAACACACAGCCAUGUACUAUGAUGCCAUUUCCUCAGCACAUUUACACUACGGGACUUGCGGAAGCCCGGCAUAAAUCCUGGACCGCUCCCCAUUUACAGAAUACUUCCAUGUACGGAAACCUGACUGAUCUGAGCUCAGAUUUCCUGUCUCUGAUGAGGAAGAGGAUUUGGAAGUGGACCAAUGAGAUGCCACAGUGUGGCGUUACGGACUGAUCUGCUCACCUGCUGCUGCCGACGUGUGGUCGAGGGUGUGUAUAACAGUGUGAGCACAUCGGGUAUUUUUCCACAGUCAAAGUGUUCUUUGUGGUUGAUUUAGAUGUGGGGACAGGUCCGAUCUGUCAGUACUGUCCUCCCGGAGCUCACACAUCACACCACACCGCUGGCUUCUGGACCUUUCUGUGCCUCGGAGCUGUGUCGGACAUGAAGGAGAACAGAGAAGAGACGAACAGUCGACCGUGAGGGUAUAGCACACAUGGCAGAUAUAUUGUUCACACCGAUUGUGGAUUGAUGGAAGUGCCUAUCACAGCUGUGAUGUUUUCAUGUAGUUGAAGCAUUCCAUGGACCUCUACUGGCAGGGAAAAUUCCUUUUCACAAUUUUUUUCACAAUGUUGUGAAAGGAUAAUUCCAGUUUAUUUCAGCUUUGAGAUCUGGAAACACGGUGACGUGACCAAAAGAAGGAGCAGUCAGAGGAUCAGACGGGUUGGAAACAAAGCAGUCCAACUUAUUGGAAGAGAAAAAAAGGCAGAUGGUAAAAUGUCUGUCGUAAACAUCCAUCACAACCUUGACUAACUGUAGUUUUCCUGUGAUUAUUGUCAACAUUUCAGGUUUGCUCACUUUCAGUUUGAAGUGUUGGUUUGUAUCCAACCUGUCUGACAGUCUGAGCGCCCGUUAGACCUCUUUUAGUGAUGUCACCAUGACAUAAUGCAAUGUUAGAAAAGCCAAAAAGGACGCGAGCUGUAAUAAACUGGAAUGUUCCUUUAACUGCAUGGUAGUUAUGGAAGAAGAAGGCUGUUUAGAAAGUAUUAUAUAUUUCAUGAUUUAAAAUGACGACGGCAACAAAAAAGGUAAAAAACGGGUCGCCGUUGAACUUGUUGCAGCCUUCCACGUUGUUUGCACCAGAUUUGGAUCAACCCUGGUUCCACCAGGUAUUAACAUGCAAACCUGCAUCUGGAUAAUGAUAUCUGAUUAUGAGGCCUUCGCAUUUACACCUGGAAUUAAUAAAUUAAUAAUCCCGUUAUCUCAACUCUCCAGCACACAAUUUAAUGGACGAGCCAGCUGACAGUCUGUGUUCUAGCUUUGACACUGCUGUUCAACCACAGUGCUAUUAAUGAAUGGUGUCCACCUCGCUUCAUGGACAACUGUCAUCCAUUGCCAUCCGGGUCAGGUGACCUUCUAACUUGCUGGGGACUUUUUUCUUCAGAAUGUGGUCAAACUACACAAGCCUUGUUUACACAUGGCUAAGAUCUGAUCUCAAUGUGUGAGCCACGUGGGUUCUCCUGAUCCAGAUCCAGAUCUCAUGUUAAUACCAGGAGGAAAUGGGGUGUCGCUUUUUAGUGAAUCCUGGCCUGAAGUUGACUGUGUCUUAUUAGUCUCUGCUUGCUUGGUCGUGUACAGGGCCGCAUAUUCCAAAAUGGACACGGACGUGUACAGGGGACACUCACAGGGUUUUGCAUUUGCUAAUGUCUUUACACGUGUAGUUGGCAGACAUGUUGUGACAUCAGUUUGACCCUCACAGACCUGGGCAAGUGAAAAACAUGACAUCACUGGAACCUGUAUGGUUAUGUGGACACAACAGUUUAAUUUACUGUUAAGAGGACAUGUCCUCUCUCAGAUUCAGGAGGUCUCACCAACUGAGUCAAGGUGUAAAGGUUUGAAAUCAACAUAGUGAAUCAAGGUCCGCUGGAAAAGAGUAUUGGGAGGUGUGCACGGCUAUCAAUAGGUCCGACUAGCCAGUCUGCUCACAUGCAGGGAUUGAAGCCCGUAAUGGUUCUUCUUUUAAGUCACAAACUUAAUUUUUUCCUUGUGAUUACACACCAAAUCUGACAUCACUCCCCCUAAAAGGCCCUGACACACCAAGCCGACAUCAGAGAACUAGCGGCGUUGAAGGCUGAUUGUUGCGUCUCCUUUGUCUUGCGCCAAAAAGUUGCACUCGGACACACCGCGUACGUGCUGCGCCUGCGUGAGAGGAAAUAACUCUCCACACCAGCAGGCUGGCGUUAUUCUGUAAUCAUCAUUCAGAAAGGGAAACAUGAAGACCGAGGACAGCGGAUAUACGAGCCGUUGUUAUGAUACGUACAUGAAACAAAGC